AUGCCUGAAGGCAGUUCCAGCACACGCGCAUUGCCGGGCUCCGGGCACAUGGAGCACCAAGACCGCACCGCUCCCACGAUGCUUGAUGUGCUAGUGCGGGAGCCUCGUCUCCUGGACUUCCUGCCUGAAGUCAGCGACGUCCGGAGUCUGGCCGCGACCUGUUGGGAUGCUCUCCUGGCGCUGCUUCACCAUCGACCGUCCUCCUGCGGGCCCUUCAGACUGGCCGCGAAAUCGCCGCUGCUUCCGCGCCUGGCGGAGCGCCAAGCUCGCCUGGCGCAGGGGGCAGCGACGGUGCAGUUCGGCGGCACGCUUUGCAUCAAGUCGCGCGACGUCGGCAAAGUGCUGGCUGGGAUGCGCGCCGUCGGUCUGUCAAAGCUCCCGCGGCGCGAGAGGGUCGCGAACCACAUCGGUGCCGUGCGGAAGGUCCUGGAGUGGUCGAUGCGCGAGGGCCGCGACCCCAUCCGCCCGACCCACCUGCGGCUGUACGCACCCCUCGCGCCGGUGCAGACCUCGGGCGACGCACGCGUCGACGAGGAGGUCCGGCGCCUUUGCGGGGUCCUGUGCGAGCUGGCGGCGCCCGGCAGGGAGCCGUGCACCGCGAGGUUCUCUGCGCCGGGGAAGAAGUGCAGGGUGACCGAAGUCGACGUCGCGGUGCUGCCGGACGGGGUGCGAACGGUGCGGAUCUGGCGCCCCGAGGACUGCGAGGAGAUGGCGGCGCUCCUCCCGCAGCACCAGCACCUGGAGCAGCUCAGCGUGUCUGACGCGGCGUUCUACCUGCUGCAGCCCGGGUCGCCGGGUGCACCGGGGCAGCCACCGCCGGCGCAGCCGCACGGAAUGUCGAUGUGCGCCGCGCUGGCGGGGGGGCUGCGCGCGGUGCCGAUCCUGCGCGACCUGCGCAUGGUCAUGGCCGGGCUGUAUGAGCCGCACGUCAAGGUGCUGGCCCCCGCGCUGGCGUCGCUGCUCAACCUGGAGCUGCUCGACCUCUCCGAGAACCUGCUGGGCGACGAUGGCGUGAGCGAGCUCGCGGCCGCCCUGCGCGACAAGACUGGACUGCGCACGCUGCGGCUGCAGUCGGUUGCGGUGUGGGACGCCGGCGCCAACGCCAUCGUCGGAGCGUUCCGCGCCAUGUCCAGCUGCGCUCUGACGGAGCUGUACCUGGACGACAGCACGAGGAACCUGCCGCCGCAGAUGAUGAACGUCAUCGGCACGGGCCCGUCGCAGGCGAUCGCAGAGCUCCUCAAGGCCCGCCCGUCCUUCGAGGCGCUGCACCUGCCGCGCAUGAGCAUGGUGCCGGAUGCGGAGUACAUGUGCCACGCUGUGGCCGCCUGCCCCCAGAUGCGCAGCGUCCACAUGCCCGCGUACUUCAUUGAGGACCGGGGCGCGCGCGUCCUCGCGCGCUCGUUCAACCGCGGCAACCCCUUGGAAUACCUGAUGCUGGCGGGGGUGGACAUCACCGACGAGGGUGCGAGAGACAUCGCCGCUGGCGCCGCUCUGCUCCCGCGGCUCGAGGUGCUCGACCUGCAAAUGAACUCGCUCGGAGACCGCGCCGCGCGGGCACUGGCGCAGCACAUCCCCGACUGUCGGACUCUGAAGCGGUUGAUCCUGUUCCGCAACGACAUCGGAGACUCGGGUGCCGCGGACCUCGGUCGUGCUCUCGCGCAGAGCAGGUCCAUCGUCGAGUUGGACGUGCAGGACAACCGCAUCGGCUCGGGUGGAGCGACCGAGCUCGCGCUCGGAGUGAUGCAGUCCACGUCCCUGCGGACCCUCAACGUGAGCAAACAGAACAUCGGCAACGACGGCGCAGCAGCGAUCAUCUACGCCCUACGUGAGAGCAAAUCGAUGGUUUGCGCGAGGCUCGUUCGAGUCGGGAUCGGGCACGAUAGGGGCCACGCCAUGUUGUACGACUGGCUCGCUGAUGCCUGGCUGCAGAGCAAGAGUCUCGCGCAGGUAUACACGCAUGGGAACAUGAUCAGUUCCCGUGCAGUCCUGCGCGUGGGCUACGCGCUCUGGAUCGCCGGGGCUCAGGGCAAGGUAUCGAAGACCUGGACACAUGGGCCGAACGUUGGGGACCACCGUCUGGCGGUCACGAGGGCGAAGCAAGACUUCUUCUCUCAGAAGAUCGUUGGCAAGAUUCAUUGCAUGAUUCUCCUUGCCCGCGCAGUCCGGCGAAGUGGCGGAAAGCGCGGAGGGGCACGCAAGCUCGCAACAUCGACGCCCGCCGGUGCAGCUGCGUUCCACCCGCUGGCGCCCCGUGGAACUCCAGCGCCCUCCGAGCAGGUCAAGCAGCCGGCAUCCGACUUUGUCAGCUCGCAGGGGGGAGUUGGGCUGGGGGGAAGGUCAUUUCGUCCGAUCGAUUGCAACCGGCCGUUCGCGAUCAUCAUCACUGCGUGCGCUGCUCUUAUGACGGCAUGGGGUAGCGAGGGCGCGUGGUCUACGGGUCGCAAAAAUGACAGGAGGCGGGUGCUCGCCCGCACAGAAUGA